ACGAGCGCGAAGGUACAAAGGGAGAGUUUAUAUGUAUAAAAGGCAUCGUAGGGAUGACGUUGGUGGCAUCAAUUGCAAUCGUAUCAAUCAUAUUCUCAUUUACUCUUAAGAUGUAUUAAGACGACGCCAAGAAAUAUUCUCUUUUUAAAAAACGCCAUGUCUUCAACUAACACAGUCCUCCUCCUAGGCGGCACCGGAAAGGUGGGAAGCCGCAUAGCGCCACUCCUGCAAGCCGCCGGCGUACCAACCCUCAUCGCAUCGCGAUCGCCGAAAGCUCCGACAGGCGUGAAAUUCGACUGGGACGACGAAGCAACCUGGACAUCCGCUCUAACCCACUCCCCCGCCAUCCAAACCGUCUACCUCGUAGUCUCAACCUCACCAAACGCCAUUGAAGUAGCGCACAAAUUCAUCGAUCUCGCGCGUGAGAAGGGCGUGAAGCGGUUCGUGUUGUUAAGUGCGAGUUGCUUUGAGGAGGGAGGCCCGUUUUUGGGUCAGACGCAUAAGUAUCUGCACCAAUUGGGCGAUGAGGGAAAGAUUGAGUGGGCGGUGUUGAGACCGACUUGGUUCCAAGAGAACUUCCUUCACGACCCUCGUGUCAAUGUCCUCAAGAAAGAAAGCAAAAUGUACUCCGCAACCGGCGCGGGCAGAAUCCCCUGGGUCUCGACAAGGGAUAUCGCCGCAGUUGCCUUCCACGCCCUAACCACACCCAAGGCACCUAACACCGAUCUCCUAAUCCUCGGUCCGGAGUUAUUGACAUAUGAUGAUCUCGCCAAGAUCUUCACAUCCGUGCUCUCGCGCCCCAUUAUCUACAAGGAACUCAGCGAAGCCGACCUAUCGGCACACUGGGUUGAGAUCGGGAUCCCACCCACCUACGCGCAGAUGCUAUCCGCGCUGGAGACGGAGAUCAAGGGCGGAUCUGAGGACCGUACGAGCGACGUUGUGCGUACUCUUACCGGCAACGAACCUAGACCUUUUAAGGAGUUCCUUGAGGAGAAUAAGACGGCUUGGGAUUAAGGAUACUGGGUACUUAGGUAUGCGGAUGAGGAGGUAUGUAGUGAAAUGGUAGAGCUGAAUUGAUGAUAGGGGUUCACGGGUAUACGUACUGAAGAUAGUAGCUAUGAUCAUAGGUGAUAGUUGAAAA